CACAUCGUCUUCAAUUAUGAACGUGAUUAAGCUGCGCCGUCCUGCUGUAUCGCCAGAGAUCGACCCAUCGACUCUCUCCAACUACCAAAACUUUGCUGUGUCGAACACUGAGUUGUUCUUGGAUGUGUUGUUUGACGAGAAGAUCGUAGCUGGUACGGUUCUUUACCACUUAGAAGUGCUUAACAAGGACGUCUCCGAGGUCAUUUUGGAUACUUCGUUCUUGACUGUAGAAUCCGUAACUGUAAACGGCUCUGAAGCUGAAUUUUCGUUGCACGAAAGAGUUGAGCCUUUAGGUUCAAGAUUAGCUAUAUCCAUUCCUCCAAAUUCACAAAAAGUACAGUUGUUCAUUUCCUUCAGAACCACUGAAAGAUGCACGGCUAUCCAGUUUUUGGACAAAGAAGCCACUGAUGGCAAAAAGGCACCAUACUUAUUCUGCCAAUGCCAGGCUAUUCAUGCCAGAAGCUUGUUCCCAUGUUUCGAUACUCCAGCUCUCAAGUCUACCUACAAGUUGUCUGCCAAGUCUCCCCUCUUCACAUUGAUGUCUGGAAGACCAGUUAAUCAAGAAGGAGACAUGUACUACUUUGACCAGCCAGUGCCAAUUCCAUCAUACUUGAUUUCUAUCGCCUCUGGUGAUAUCGUGAAAGCCAAGAUCGGACCAAGAUCGGAUAUCUACUCAGAACCUGUCAAAAUCAAGGAUUGCCAAUGGGAAUUCGAAAACGAUAUGGAAGACUUCAUCCAGAUAGCUGAGAAGUUAGUGUUUGAGUACGAGUGGUUACGUUUCGACUCGUUGGUGUUGCCUUCUUCCUUUCCAUACGGAGGUAUGGAAAUCCCCAAUUUGUGCCAAUUGACUCCUACCUUGAUUUGCAAGGACAGAUCCCAGGUCACAGUCAUGGCACACGAAUUGGCACACUCCUGGUCGGGUAAUUUGGUCACCAACUGUUCUUGGGAACAUUUCUGGUUGAACGAAGGCUGGACUGUCUACAUCGAAAGAAGAAUCAUUGAAGGUAUCGCUACUGCUGAAGCCAUCAAAGCUGGGAAAAAGGAUCCUUUUGCUUACGGUGAAAGUAUGAGACACUUCAGUGCUAUCAUUGGCUGGAACGACUUGGAAAACUCCAUUAAGGCCAUGGGUAAUGAUGCUGAAAGGUUCUCUCCCUUGGUCCUUGACUUGAAAGCUGGUGAAGAUCCAGACGACUCAUUCUCUACUGUUCCAUACGAAAAGGGUUUCAACUUGUUGUUUCUUAUCGAACAAACCGUAGGCGGAAAGAAGGUGUUUGACAAGUUCAUUCCUUCCUACUUCAAGAAGUUCAGAUACGGUUCUUUAGACACCUACCAAUUUGUCGACUACUUGUACGAAUUUUUCAACGACAAGAAGGUCGAAUUGGAUUCCAUUGACUGGGAAUCGUGGUUAUACAAACCAGGAAUGCCACCGGUGAUGCCUAAGUUCGACACAACCUUAGCUGAUGAGUGCUACGAGUUGGCCGAUGAAUGGUUCUCUGCUAUCAAGAACAACUCUUAUCUCAAACACGACUUCUCUUCUGCUGAUAUCAAAUCGUUUGAACCCAACCAAUCGGUUGUAUUCUUAGACACUUUGAUCUCAUACAACAAGCACAAAGACUUCAAUUGGAAGGAUCACGUAGAUGCUCUCAAAUUGAUGGAAACAGCUUACACCGAAUAUGACACCAGUUUGAAUGCCGAAAUCUUAUUCAGAUGGUACAUGUUGCAGGUAUCUGGGGAGAGAGAAGAGUUCCAGCACAAGUUGGGCCAAUGGUUAGGAACUGUAGGUAGAAUGAAGUUUGUCAGACCAGGAUACGUCUUGCUCAACGAAGUUAACCGCGAACUUGCUAUCUACUACUUCAAGAAGUUCGAAUCCAACUACCACCCAAUCUGUAAGACCAUGGUUAAGAAGGACUUGGGUUUGGUUUAGGUAGUAUUUAUUUUUGCAUAUAAUUUUAAUUUAAUGUAGUCAUGUUCUU